UGUACUAUCUAUAUUCUAUUACAUUUACUUAGUACUCAGUACUCACUUCUUUCUCUUAGCGACGUUUUAAAACAAUCGUAUGCACAUUUUUGCUUAAAAAGCGUUUUAAAUUUAAUAAUAAAACACAAAUUUACAUAAACUACACAAUGUUGAUCAAAGUCAAGACUCUAACAGGAAAAGAGAUUGAAAUCGAUAUAGAACCCACAGAUAGAGUGGAAAGAAUUAAAGAAAGAGUUGAAGAAAAAGAGGGCAUCCCACCUCAGCAACAGAGAUUGAUUUUUUCUGGGAAACAAAUGAAUGAUGAAAAGACUGCUCAAGAUUACAAAGUUCAAGGAGGAUCUGUUUUACAUUUGGUUUUAGCAUUACGAGGAGGUAUUUUCCUAUCUGUUUGAUAAUGUGUAAUAACAAUUAUUACUCUGAUUUCAAACUUUUUUUUUCAACUUAUAUUUAUUUCCAUUUAUAUGUAACUAAAUGCAACAAUAAUAAAUAAAUGAAAUAUUUACUAUAACUUACUAGUAAACAUUUGAGUAUUAAUUAUGAUUUAGAUAGUCUGAUGUCAAAGUCGGAGGCCGCGUUCGAAAAUAAAAAAAUUUUCUCAUAAUUAUGGUGUUUUCAACAAUAUGUUUGUUAAAACUAGACAAUGUGGACAAACCCCUUAUUGAUACAGAGUUAAUAACUUCAUACCUUUGCGUAUUUUUACGAAGUAUUAAUUGAAAUGUGUGCUUAUUUUGUUUCUUUGAAGCAAACACAU